GACCAGCCACAUCGCCAGCAAAGAGAAGUUCUAGAGGCGCACCAGCUCCACCCUCUCCCCAAUCCAUCUCCCAUCACUACAGACCAUUGCACCUGACUAUUUCUGCUAGUUGUCUUUCGCUGCACCAUUUCGCCGCAGUCCAUCAGCAUCAAGCCGCUUGCGUUGCAACCACCGCACCGAGCAGCGGCCCACGAUGGCGCCCUCACCGCUCUCCCCUCUCACAAUCCUUUCCAACAUGGAUGGUUUCUCCCCCGUCGCCGUCCAUGACAUCCACCUGGCGAAACGCGCGGACCGCGGCAUCAACCCAGCCGAUGGCGCAAAGGACCCGCGAGCCUACAACAACCUAUGGUUCCAGCUCCUGUUUGCUUUCAUCGGCAUCGGCAUGACGAUGACGGCACUGUGGUUCUUCUUCCGUGCCAAGAAUGGCGGUUUCAAAUGGCAGGAGAACGACUGGGAGGACUACAAGUCAACCGUGCUACGCCGCAAGGGCCCGGACGGAAGGACGCUCAGUAACGCGACCAAGAGCACCAAGCUCGGCGGAGGCAGUGUUGUUCACGGCGGCACCUAUGGCGCCCCGACCACAGUAGGAUACACCGACGAGACGGGGACGACUGUCAGCGAAAUGCGUGAGGUCGAAGAGGGCAAGAGCCGCCGCCACUUCGGCAUCCGCGGCGGCGAUGCGGACAAGAAGAAGAAGAAGCGCCAUGAGCACGACAACGACUACAAGGACCCCGACCUCCGUGACUACCGCGACGAGCGCCCGGCCAAGGUUGGCGGCCUCAACCGACAAGCUGACGGCAUGUACACCGACUACUCUGCUACCGGCACCGAGCCCUCUGACCUAGGUUCCAACGUCUCCGGCCGCCCGCUCGUCAAGGACAAGGCGAAGAAAUCCGAAAAGGACCAGAAGAAGGAAGACAAGGCCAAGAAGCAGCGCGCAAUCGAACGCAUGCGCAAGGCCAAACUCGCCGAAAAGGAAGCCGCUAAGACCGCUGCCGCCGAAGCAAAGGCCGCAAAGGAAGCCGAGAAGCAAGCCGCAAAGGAGAAGAAGGCCGAGCAGAAGAAGGCAAAGAAAGCCAAGUCGGAAGUCGCGCCCUCUGAGAUUGGUGGCCCUGCUAUGACGGAGUACACCGCCCUCGAAAGCGAAUACACCUACGACGCCCCCAAGACGGAAUACACUGCUCCCUCUGAAGCUCCCGCCCCGGCUCGUGGUUCCUCCCGCCGUGCUCCUCCGUCAGCUGCCUACUCCUUCGUCACCGGUGACGACCGCACCGAGUACACCGGUGCCUACACUGACAUCUCGCACGAUAACAACACAAAGUCGCGUGCCGCCCCAGCCCCCACCUCCGCCCCUUCGGAAGCCCAGGAGUCUUCUUACUACUCUGACUACCGCCCGAACGCUGAGCGCACCCGCGCCUCGCGCUCCCAGUCCCGUCCUCGCCAACACGAGUCCCGCUCCCGCCCCUCCUCCCAGUCCCCCCGCAAGCACCACCGCGCCUCCACCUCCCGCCCUGGUCCUUCAAACGCCUCGGACAUCUUCACCGCCGCGAACGGCGACGUCCGCGGCACCAUCGCAUACCCGUGUCACAUCCCUGGCCUCAGCACCGCGGGUAGUGUCGCGCCCAACGACAGCGUAAGCCAAAUGGGUGCGCCGCGCGGCCCGAGGCGCGAAGAACGUGGUGGUAGGGAUGUCAUGGCGGGCUACCGACGUGGAGGCGUGAGGACCGUGAGGAGAGACUCGUUGAGCGACAGCGAUUCUUAGACGAACAGCCUUUAGAGGUUGAGGCAUGUAUGGCGUUUGGGAUUCUUUUCACGUGAGCGAACGAGUGAGUGACGACGAUAGGAUUGGUUGAUUCUGGUUUAGCUUGUGCAUAUUGAUUGUGCAGUGUAAUGAUACCAUAGCGAUGAGACGACGUGUUUGGAAUACGGAUGGACGGAUGGACUGAUUGGACUGGACUGUAUGUAGGCACCCCCACAAACAUUGCAAUGGAACGAAUCAA